CAACAGAGUGUGUGAAUUAUUUUGGUGCAACGCUCAGAUCUGUCUGUGGGUUAAAUACACUUGGGCUAGAAAUAGAGUGUAACAACCUAGUAGAUACUCAUUCUGAUGCUCUUUGUUAGGUAGCACGGUUAACCACAGAAAGGGGGAGGAGGGGAGUCGAGGUGGGGUGGGGUGGGGGGUGGUGGCAAAGCGAAUGACAAAAAGCUGAGAAGACUUAAGGAACACGAGGAAAUGAAAGUACGUCAUCAAAAGCCAAGGUGUGUUUCAGUGUAACAGGCGGCAGGUGAAGCAUUCAUAGAAGAACUACUCGGUGAAAGGCUGUUGGUUUCAAUGUUAGGGCUCUGUAAACUCAAUGUUACAGCACAAAGAGAUGUUUGGCGUGUGCGUUUGGCUGAAGUGGAGCCACGGCCAGUAAAGCAGUUACUCUGAACAGCAGCCAUUUUGGCCAUUAACCGUGAGUAACCCCCUAAGUCAUCAUUUCUUUCAUAUCCUUAGCUGUGAUCUUGAUCUAACGUGCAUGACUAUUAAUUGGAUUUUAUUUGAAUGCCUUUUGAAGUUUACAUUUUGUAUGGAAACUAACGUUUUGGAUAACUAUGGUUGUCUGACAGCCACUUCAGACUGGGAUGAUAAGAGGACUGGAACAACAGGAUGAGGACAGGGGCUGUCAACGGUUAGAAUCGGUUUCUUGUCUACAGGGAUCCUUAUGGGGUGCAUUACAUGUCUCCUGUAACAGAAUAUUAACAUUUAGCAUUUCAGUCAUUUAGCAGACUCUCGUACAGAGAACAAGGCGUUGCCGAGGAGAGAGAAAGGUGCCACUGCGGGCCAUCUGAGAGGGCCCCUGUCUCUGCUGGACCGGCUGAGACGAUGUACGGACGCCUGGGCCCCCGGCAGCCCCUGGGACGCCGACGGGGCCCGUGCUGCACUCUGGGGCCGGCCUGUUGGGAGCUUCCUGGUGUUAAGGGUGUCUCCACCCCAGCCGGUCCUGCUGUGUGUUUCCACUGGAGUUGGAAGCGGAGCUGUCAAAGAGUUCCCCAUCCAACACACAGGUGCUGGGAUGUGUUGCCAGUUCGCCUGCUCAUUCCUCCAUGGUUCUACCCUCUGACUGCCCAGUCCAGCCAUCUGUCCCAGCUGGGUCCCAAAGACUGGCUGUGUCCCAGCUCUCACCCCAAGGCUGACCACAUGACUCAGAAGGCCCCGGAUACUGUCAUGUGCACCAUACAGCUGACUGCAGCUGAUGGUGCUCUGUGUGUCAUCAACCCGCUGUACCUCCACGAGCAUGGCGACGACUGGCUGACACAUCGGUCGCCUGGGCCGCAGGAACCCACUCGCCUGGCCACGUACAGGCGUGAAAGACGACUGAGCACCACAAGACCUUGGUCGGGGGCGAGCAUUUCAGUGAAGGAAGCGGUCUCGUUGGAGCAGGAGUCCUUCGGCUCUAGCUCUGAUAGUCCGGAGUCUUCUUUGGUCCAGUCGGCCUCGUGUCCCCCCACCCCAACCGGAGGGGUAGUUCUGAGAAGACCCAGUAGGGACGUCGCCAUCGACUUGCUCCAGAGCACCGGAACCCAGGUCCACAGCAACCCUCCCCGGCCCGUCUCAGACCCCAAGCCCCUGCACAGCCCCAGCCCUCUGUCCCCACACCGGGUGUCCUGGAUCGAGGACAACGAAUGGCUGUCCCAUCCUCCGCCGCCCUCCCUCCUCCACCCGCCUUCUUUGGAGCUUGAUUCGCUGUCAAUCAGCAGCGUGGAGGAGGAGCUCGAGUCAGCCAACAGCCCCGUCCACUCUCCCCACACGUCGCACCGGCUGGCGGACAAGGUGAAGAACCGCUUCUCAGCCGUGGGCCAGGCCCUCGGUGGGCUGAUGUCUCCGCAGAAGAGGCUGACCAAGCGCGUGCAGGAGCUGAGCGAGCGCAAGGGGGGCGUGUUCGCGGAGGCUCUGCGUGGAUUCGUCGAGAUGUUCCUGGGGGCUGCGUUCAUCCCCGGGAUGACGGGGGUAGAGCUGCUUCAGGAAGUGCGUGCAUCUCUCACGGCCCUGCGGGAGACACUGUUGGACUGUCCCGAAAUGCACACCGUCAUAGACAGUUUGACCGACACCCCGGACUGGGAGCUGGAUGCCAUGCUGGAGCUCUCCCUGCACAAGGUGGCCCUGAAGCCUGUCUGCACCCACCUGUACAACUGCCUGCGGAGAUGCCGGAAUGAGGACGACAGCCUGCGGCAGCUGAAGGACAACCAGAAGGUCCUGGAGGGCCGGGCUGUGGGGGAGCUGGAUGGCACUCCCGGGACGGGCGUCCCUGACCCGGUCACCCUGGAAAGGAUCCAACAGAAAUGGGCCGCCAUGCACCGGGCCUACUCCCCAAGCAAGAAGGUCCGCAUCCUGCUCAAGGUCUGCAAGACCAUCUACCACAGCAUGACGGCCAACGCCAGAACAGGUGUGGUGUUUGGAGCGGACGACUUCCUCCCCUGUUUGACCUGGGUGCUGCUCCGUAGUGAUGUCAUCACCCUGCAGCUGGACAUCGACUACAUGAUGGAGUUGCUGGAACCCACCCAACUACAGGGAGAGGGGGGUUACUACUUGACGUCCCUGUAUGCCUCUCUUUUCUACAUCAGCAGUUACCGCCCUCGCCUUGCCACGCGCCAGCUCAGCACCGAGGCCCAGAACUCCCUGAGGCAGUGGCAUCGCAGGCGUACCCUGCACUGCAACCAAUCGCGGCGCAGCGGGAACCGAAAGACCAUCCGGAGGUCAGGUCGCGGCGAGAGCAGCAGGGAAAACUGCAACGAUGCAGCGACGGAAACGGACGUGGGAAGCGGAAAGGACCCCCAGCCAGUGCCAUCUAGUGUUGUGGCCAUGGCACUGCAUGUUAUCUCAGAGGCGGUGGUAGCGGUCAGGGAUGAGGAGAGCACCAGCAGACUGGAAAGCCGAGGAUCCCCAACAACCCAACUCCAGGAAGGAGAAGACGACGCCAUUAGAACAGUUGAACAGACAGCCAGUCAGAAGAGGGGAGGACUCUGGGAGGGAGGGGUCAGAGAGGAAAAUGUAGAAGAGGGUCCUGUCUAGUUGAUAGACCAUGUCACUUGCAACCCCAGGGUUGUGGGUUUGAUUCCCACGAGGGUUGGGGGCAAUAACCACCGCGAAAUAACUUGACUGUAACAGGACCCUAAUGAAAUGUGGUUGAGGGAUUAUGAAGUAAGGUAGAAGGAAGAUAAGGUUAUUUUCCACAUGCAGGUUAGUCUUCAAACAGGAGGGUUCGUCUCCAAAUCGCAAGUUAGUCUCCAAACGCCAUGUUAGUAUAAAUAUGGAAGGUUGUCUCCGAAUGAUAAUUUAGUCUCCACACAGCAAAAUAAACUCCACAAGGCAGGUUAGUAUACAAACUGCCGGUUAUUUCUGAUCUCACUCUGCCUCUAACACACUGCAGGUUAUUUCUGAUCUCACUCUGCCUCUAACACACUGCAGGUUAUUUCUGGUCUCACUCUGACUCUAACACACUGCAGGUUAUUUCUGGUCUCACUCUGCCGGUUAUUUCUGGUCUCACUCUGCCUCUAACACACUGCAGGUUAUUUCUGGUCUCACUCUGCCUCUAACACACUGCUGGUUAUUUCUGGUCUCACUCUGCCUCUAACACACUGCAGGUUAUUUCUGGUCUCACUCUGCCUCUAACAUCGAGGCACUCUGGGCCAGGCUAGUAGAGCUGGCAGACCCCCGGGUGGCUCAGCAAAGGUCAAAGGGAACUGGGCUGCCAUUGCCAGACUGACUCUGGAGAGGCUUUUCCACAGCUCUACACAACAAUGUAAUCAAAACGUCCCUUAAACACAUUUACUUCUAUAAUUCCAGUUUCUCUACAUUCCUAACGUGUUAAUUUGCAUUGAAAUGCGCACUGUGACCAAAGGCUGAGUUUAGGCUGAGUUUGGUGAGUAGGAACAUGAUAAUGUGCUUUGAAUUGUCUGUGAAAGCUAUUUCCCUUGUGAAAUAACUCUGUGGUGCAAAUUAUACAUUGCGUUGAGGCGUUGAAGAUAGGCCUUCAGCUGGCUGUGGUUGCAUUCAUAACGUGGAUGUGUUUCCACUGAUGACCCCUGGGUGGCAUUAACAAACCUCUUGAGUUAGAUUCUCCUGUGGGCUGCGGACAGUGUCCCAAACCUGCUGGUGCUCUAUUUCCUCUCGUGAGGUCAUACUUCCAUUUCCAUUACCUUUGUCUUUCGAAUAAAAAUCAAGAUUAUAUCUUAAUAUUCAGGAAAAUGCUGUUGUUUUAAACAUAUACAAACGUAUAUUUGUGCAUACAAUUUCUCUAAUUUAAUGUUUCCUUAUUUAUAAAAAAUGAUGUUGAUGCUCAAAGAAGUAAGACAUUAAGUUACAGAAGCCUCAUUUUAACUCUUGCAAUGUAGUUCAUCGUGAUCUAACAUGUCCGCUCGAGGAGAGGAUUGAAGGAAUGUAAAAACCUUUUAGCCCACAAGCUAAGAUUUAAGUAACAUUAUUUUGUCAUGUUCAUUUUAGAUAAUAUAAUUUAACAAACGUUCAUGAAGAUUUCUGUAGGAUGAUAUAUUUGUCCAAACAUAUGUAGAUACCAGUAAAGGUAUUUCUAUUUCUUUCAGAAAUAUAUUUUUCUUAUUUAUACUCUUUAAAAUGGCUGUGUAGUGUUCUCAAAUACAGGGCACACUUCACUUUGGUUUGUACUCAUCAUUGAGUUGCACAUCAUUCCUGCAUAAGGGUGUUGAGAAGGUGAAAAUGUGUUUAUAUUUAAGAAUUAAAGCUGUAACAAAAGAAUUGAUCAGAAAGUGAUUGUAUAAUGCUUUGUGUAUUAUGCUUUGCAUUUUAAAAGUAAUCUUAUCGUAUCA